AUGUCGACCUCAACCGCCACCGCCUCCGCCUCUCUUACUGACCCUCCUCGCUCCGGCCGUCUUCGUCGCUUCAGUCAGCUACGAGCCUAUACUCAAAACCUCUCACACUCCUCACCAAGCCAUCGUGCGCGGCCCAGUCUGAGCAGUCGGGUGCCCUGGCUAUCAACUCCGUCGGGCGCAGAGUCUCCAUCGACGCAGGUGGAGAGCUCCACUCCUUUAUGCCCCGAAAGUGAUCAACCGGCCUUGUCUCGCUACACCUCAGCGCCUACCUCGAGCUCCCACGCUCUCAUUGACAGUCAGAACUCCUCGGCUGAAUCCUCGCGAUCAUCUCCCCUAUCGAGCUCAGGUCGUCCGCCGCGCGCCUUGGCUCGAACCGCCACCCCAGAGGCCACGCCAGAGACGCCCACAUCGUUACCAGGGCCGACCACCACAACAAACAAUACCUCCGAGCCGAUUGACACAGCCCCGGCCGAGAACCAGUCCCCCUCAAAACUAACACAGAAGGCGACGAUCAGGUUUUUCCCCUUUCAGGAUUCCUACCAAAGUUCGCGACCGUCGCUGCCCUUUAUUCCUAUCUCGCGCACACUACCCUCCGACAGUUGCGUCAUUCGCGUCGGUCGAUACUCCGAACGUGAUGGGAUUCCCAACCCCAAUCCAUCUGAACCCUCGGAUUCUCCCGUCGGCUUCAAAUCGAAGGUCGUGAGCCGAAAACACUGCGAGUUCAUGUACGUCAAUGGUCAGUGGCAUAUCAAGGAUGUGGGCAGUUCGUCGGGCACGUUCCUGAAUCAUAUGCGCUUGAGUCAACCCAACAUGGUCUCCCGCCUCUAUUCCAUCAAGGAUGGUGACAUAGUGCAACUUGGUAUCGAUUUUAGAGGCGGAGAGGAGAUGAUUUUCCGUUGCGUGCGAAUUCGCAUUGAAUGCAAUCGUGCUUGGCAGCAGCAGCCUAACGAGUUCAAUAAAAAUACCGAAAGCUUGAUCAAAAACCUGGGCAAGGGGGAAACCGCCGACUAUUCUGGUUGUCGUGAAUGUUCCAUUUGUCUUGGUUCCGUCUUGCGACCCUACCAGUGCCUGUUCAUGGCGGCUUGUGCCCAUGUCUGGCACUACAAAUGUAUCAGUCGCUUGCUACACUCGCCCGAUUACCCCAUGUUCCAGUGUCCCAACUGUCGGGCCUUCACCGAUUUGAGUGCCGAAGUUGACGACUCGAAUGACCAGGAAGGGGAGAAGUCUCCAGAAUUUGUCGGCGCGGAGGAAAAUCAAGCUGCACCGCGGUCCGAGACGCAAUCGCCCGCAAAUGUUCAAGCCGCGAGCGAGGAUCCAGAAACCUCGAAUCAAUUAGAAGCUCACCCCGAAGAACGGGACUUGGCUACCGAUGUCGAGAACCUGCACUUGCAGGAAUAUCAGACCCGCGAGGCGGACACGGAAAGCUCCGACUCUGCUGCUCCGAAUGGGAGCACUGACGAUCUUGCUCGCAGUGCCACUAUCAGUCUUCCAGGUUGGCAACCGACUGAACCUCUUAGUGUCCCGACUCGGCAUGCUCAACUCCGGGCCGACACGCCUGGGUCAGACGAAAACCCCCUCACGCCACGAAAUGACUCGGGUCCUCUAGCAUUUGACGGCCGAGCAGGAAUGCCUUAA